AUGGUCUCCAACAUAUAUUCUGACAAUGGCAAGAACUUUGUUGGUGCUUCUCGUCAACUACAAGAAAGUGUUCAGCAGAUAGCGUUGCAAUCUCCUACACAACGAUUUUUGGAAGAUCAGCACAUCACUUUUCACUUCAUACCUCCUCAUGCUCCCCAUUUUGGCGGCAUCUGGGAACGAGCAGUUCAAAGUGUGAAGAAUCAUCUGCGACGUGUCAUUGGCGACACUUUAUUGACCUAUGAAGAGUUUAACACACUGCUUUGUCAAGUGGAAGCUAUUCUCAACAGCAGACCUCUCACUCCACUGUCUUCGGAACCUGGAGAGUUAGAAGCCCUCACCCCUGGUCACUUUCUUAGUGGUGGACCUCUCGUCUGUUUACCUGAAGCUGAUAUCUCCGAAAUACCUUCCAACCGUUUGAAGAGAUGGCAGCAGGUCAAGUCAUUUACACAACGCAUAUGGAAACGCUGGCAUAAGGAAUACCUGUUUACAUUACAGCAGCGCUCAAAGUGGGUCAAGUUUCAGAAGAAUUUGGAAGUCAAUGGUCUUGUUCUAAUUCACGAAGACAACUUACCCCCUCUACAAUGGAGACUCGGACGCAUCAUCAAGGUCUUCCCUGGAAAUGACAACAUUGUUCGAGUUGCCGAAGUGGUUACAAAAUCAGGACGCUUCACUCGCCCUGUUACAAAGCUCUCUCCACUUCCCAUGGAUUAA